GGUUUGUAAGUAUGUUUGCAGCAUGUUCCUCAUGUAUUCAAGAUCUGAACAGAGAUGGUAGUAGAAAUGGUAAGACAAGAGCUCAUAUCUGUUUAUUUUGCCUUCUGCAUUUCGCUCUUCUGUUAGUCCAGCUGCUUUUAAAGCAGGUUUCUCAUUACUUUAGAGUUUAUACUGUGCUCCAUCUCAGUGCCAAGUGAAUCUUAAGCAUUGUCAAGCCUUAUUGCUUACAUCCAGUUGAAUUAAAACAUGAUGUAUGUAGCUCACUGCACUACUAUUGGGCUUCCAGAUCUGAUAAAUAUUUCAAUACUGUCCAUUCAUUAAGUUAUUUGCUCCCUCCCUGUAAUUUUUAAAGUUAUUUGAUAGUCUGCUCUUUUUUUCUACUCUUUCUUUUUUUUUUUUUUUUGCCUCCAUCCAGGGGUCUGUUGAGGCCAAAGUCAAGUGUCAGCUCUGGUAUGGAAGGUAGCUGAGAGUAACUAGUUGGGUCUUAGAGAAGAAUAUUUGAAAAGCUAUUCUAUUGCCAUGCUAUCACUAUACUGAAAAUUGUAGGAAAGGGUGAAGGAAAAAUAUGUGUCAAGAGAUGAGAAACUAACUAAAGGGAAUUGGAUUUAUUAAGUAGCAAGUUAUAUUUGUCUGUAAGCCUUUGUCUGCUGGCAUUUGUUCUUCAGUGAGCCACCUUGAUGAAGUGAAUUGGAAGGCAGCAGAUGCCAUGUUUACUUCUUUCAUGAUGAAGUUUUAGCUAGAAUGAAAACUCCAAAAUCUGUUUCAAAAAAGGCAUAUGUGAGUUUGAAGGACUCAAUUGAUGAUUUGGAUGAUUUCUGCUUGGACUUGAAAGUGAGAAAAAGCCCAACAAAGCAUGGACAGAAGGUUCUUCAGACCACAAAGAAGUGUACGCCUUCUGGAAAGAAAAACAGUUGCUGUCAAGAACUGCAGUAUCCAGAGGCUUCAAGUGACACUGAUGAUUCUGUCUUUGUAGAAUCUGACUACCAAAAACAGGGAGUAAAAGAUCUGAAAGAGAGUCAGAAGGGCAUAAAACUCCCACCUCCACAAAAUCUGAGAGAGUCAAUCUCCAGAGGCAGUCCAGACUUGCAACCCAGAAGGAGAGAAAGGAGGUGUGAAAAAAGUACAGAAAAUAAAGUGCCAUCUGUGGCAUUACAACAAAGUACAAAGAUAGAAUCAGAUAGCUCGGAUGGUGAAUUUGAAUCAUUAAUAGAACGGAUAAGGAAAGGAAGUAUACCUCAAAAACCUAUCUUAAGCACAAAUAAAACUGUCCACCAACCAAGCACAAGAGAAAAUAAUGAGUCACCAUCUGAAGAUGGCCAGACUUUGAAAGGGAAGGGAGUCAAGACACCAAGGCCAAGGGCCAUUUCACUUCAAGAAACACCUUCCAGGAUAAUGACUUCUGCAAGUAUUCCUAGGAACAAAUUGGUCAGUUCCUCACAGUCAGCAAAGAAAGAGGGAAGGCUCAGGGUGUGCUCAGUGCCUGGCUGUUUCUUGCAAGAUCUCUCAAAUCCAGGUUCCCAUUAUGUGACAUAUUUCAAGAAAAAUAAAGAGGAGCUGGCAUGGAAACUCUACUGUCUGUAUAAUAGCACCAUCUUUGACCAGAAGUUACCAGACAAAAUGGAAAUAAUCUGGAAUAAGAAAAUGAGAAAAACAGCAGGAUAUUGUGUAACUGGGCAGACAGAAGGUCCUGAAGCAAAGCGUUACGCUCGCAUAGAACUUUCUGAGAAGGUCUGUGACUCUGCAGAUCGUCUUCGAGACACGCUAGUUCAUGAAGCUUGCCAUGCAGCCACCUGGCUGAUCAAUGGUGUUCGUGAUGGACAUGGACGAUUAUGGAGAUACUAUGCCAAUAAAUCAGCUGUGAUUCAUCCAGAACUGCCAGUAGUAGCACGUUGCCACAGCUAUGAGAUUAAUUACAAAUUCAUCUAUGAGUGUGUUCUGUGCAAAGCUACGAUUGGACGUCAUUCCAAGUCUCUGGACACAGAGCGCUUUGUGUGUGCAUUCUGUGGGGGGAAGCUGGUCCUGAAUCGGCCCACUCGGAAGGGUGGCACUCCUGCUAGAACACGUCUAACGCCCUUUGCAAAGCAUGUAGAAGAAAACUAUGGACUUACUAAGAGAGAGCAGCCUGGGCUGAGUCCUGCAGAAGUCAUGCAGGAGCUCAGUGCUGAUUUUGCUUUAAAAACUAGGCUUCAAGAUUCCUUGUAAUAUCUCAAUACACUCCUUUUUUGAUGCUAUUUAGAUUUUGCAUGUAGUAGUAUAUGACAUUAGUCUAAGAAUGUGUUUCGGAAUAUUCCAGGUAAUAUUUUGGCAUUAAAUACUUUUAAUAAAGGAAACCUUACAGAUUGUUCUAAAAUUGGUAGGCUUGAACAAGAAGUGUA